AGAAUAAUAUCGGACACCGAAAGAGGUGGCAGCAACACGACUGUGAGUUUUACUUCCCUUUUAUUCCAUCGCAGCCAUCAAGUCACCUUCUGUGCCAGUGUGUAUAAAGGUUGACAGCGUUUGAAAGCUAGUGAAGCUGUUCGGAAAUUCUAGUUCUAUUUAGUAUAUUGCAAAAGACUGUGUAACGAGAAAUGAUGAAGUCGAUCUUCUUCGGAGUGGUAGCCAUCGCCGUAGCCAUCCUGUCCUUCAGCCAGGAAACGGCACAAGCCCAGGAACAAGCAGGAGCAACCGGCGACUACAAAUGGAACGGCAUCGAUGACCAGUGCCUCACGGCACUGCACCGCCAGAUCAACAAGGAGUUCGAUGCCUCGAUCGUCUACCUGAAGUACGCCGCCUAUUUCGCCCAGGAGAAGGUCAACCUGCCCGGUUUCGAGAAGUUCUUCUUCCAUGCCGCCGGCGAGGAGCGCGAACACGGCAUCAAGCUGAUCGAGUACGCCCUGAUGCGCGGUCAGGGACCCGUCGACAAGGCCAGCUUCAACUUGGACUACACCUACCAAGUGCCACCCGGAACCGAUGGUGAAUCCGCUCUGCGUGCCGCCCUGAAGAAGGAGGAAGAAGUGACCCACAGCAUUCGCGGUGUCAUCAAGGCCUGCGAAGAAGGCAGCAACGACUUCCACUUGGCCGAUUACCUGACCGGCGAGUACCUGGACGAGCAGCACAAGGGACAGCGCGAGCUGGCCGAGAAGAUUGUCACCCUGAGCAAGAUGAAGAAGAGCGCCCCCAAACUGGGCGAGUUCCUGUUCGACAAGAGCCACAUGUAAAUGCAAUGCAAAGCGGCGGAGGAGUUUUUCACGGUGCUUCACUGUGUCAUCAAUGUAGUUUCUUCAGUAAGAUCGUUUUCUAGUUAACUAUGUUACAUUUAGAGAUUUCAAGCAGAUGAAGACUUGCGGAAAAAUGUUUGAAUAAUAAAAUUUAAUUAAUACAAUAGACACUCCGAUGGGAUCUCUUUAGUUUUGAUUUUUAUCCAUUUUAUGUUGUAAAUAAAGUCCUCGUUUUUCAUGUGGAUUAAUAGCAGGAUACGACAUACGAUUCUGCUCGAUUGGCGUGAUAUUGAAUUAUUAUUUAUGUUAUGUGAUCCUAAGCUGUAAAUCCGUUAGACUGUAGUUCUGUCAAGUGACACAAAAAUUUCCAAUAAAUCAAAACGAUUCUUCAAUACAUAGAAAAACGAUUCUUUCAAAAA